CACUGACAGGACCCGAGACAAUGGCAUGAAGGUCUGCCAGGAUAGUGGGAAACAUCCCUUGUGUCACAGGGACCUCUCCAGAUGGCCCAGGAGGCUUUAGCAUCUUGGCGUGUCCUGUGAGGCGCCUUAUCUCGUGUCUCCCUGCCAUCAAUGUCUCACUUUAAAAAUCAUGGAGCUGGGAAAGGCAAAGCUUCUGCGAACCGGCCUCAAUGCCUUAUGCCAAGCAAUCCACCCUGUGCAUGGGCUUGCCUGGACAGAUGGGAAGCAGGUGAUCUUGACUGCAUUACACCUUCAAAACGGAGAGCCCAAAUUUGGUGACUCCAGCGUUUUUGGUCAGUUUGAGCACGUCCACGGGCUGUACUGGGCCCCAUGUCCCCCCGAGGCCCCGGCCCUGCUCACGGUGCAGCACAAGAAGCACAUCACCAUUUGGCAGCUCUGCUUCAGCGGCGCCGACAGGAGCAACCUCCUGGUGUCUCAGAUCUGCGACAUCAGCGAACCGUACCCCGUGCUGCCCCAGGGCUGCGUGUGGCACCCCAGCAAGGAGGUCUUGGCCGUGCUGACCACCCGGGACGCCUCUGUCUUACCCUCUGUCCACCUCAACAACUCCAGAAUUAGCGCGGAGAUCAAAGGCAGUGGCCUCAUCCACUGUGCCUGUUGGACCAAGGAAGGCAACCGCCUAGUCGUGGGGGUGGGCAGUGCCCUUCACUCCUACAUUUGGGAUGAUGCUCAGAAAACGCUGAGUGCUUGUUCUUUCUGCCCAAUCUUUGACGUGGGAGGCUACAUCUGUGCCGUGGAGGCGACGCAGAAUUUCCAAGUAGCCGUUGCCACUGAGCUCCCUCUAGACAAGAUCUGUGGCUUAAAUGCUGGUGUUGCAUUUGAAGUUCCAUCAAGUGUGGAAACUGAGUCCUUCCCCUCUCAGUCCAGCUUGUGUGGAGAGGAGGAGUGUUCCAUGGAUGGGGUGAAGAAGUCGCUGGACUCUGAGAAGUCCUUGUCUGUAGUGACAUCUCCUGUGGAUCUCACUCACAUACUUUCUAGCAAGCAGGGUGCUGAUUCCAGCCCUCUCCUUCACCUGAGGCCCAAGGACUACCUGACGGGAAGUGGCCAAGAUUCUUCACACCUCAUCCUGGUGACUUUUGAAAGAAAGGUUACCUCUACCAAAAAAGCGAGCAUCCCGGGCAUUCUGGUUCCUGACAUAAUGGCUUUUGACCCCAAAACUCAAACUGUAUCGGUUGCCUCCAAUACUUGUAAUGUUAUUUUAGUCUAUUCACUGACUUCAUCCAAUUUACCCAAUAUUCAGCAAAUUCAACUAGAGAAAAGUGAGAAACCAAAGGGUUUGUGCUUCUUGACCAAUAAACUGUUACUGAUAAUGGUUGGAAGCCAAAAAUUCAGUGACCCCGCGUUUCUUCCCUCUUCAAGGUCAGACAAAUACAUGAUCCGUUUGAUAAUUAAGAAACUGAUAUUUGAAAUGGGUCCUUCAACAUUUCCAUCAGUUAAUGGCAGUUCCAGUUUGAACCUUUCCAACAUUCCUCGUGAUCCCUCUAGAGACGUUCACCCCCUGAGCCGUGGGCUCCUGAUACCGGAUCGCUCUGCCCUGCAGUCCCCUACAAGCCGAAGGAAACUCAUUGAAGAAAUCAAGAGUCCUACUUAUGAACAAAACCUUGUGUUGAACGUGAGCGACUUCAAAGACAAAAAGAUUCCCCUGAACUUACCACCAGCUGUUGAGAUUUUGGAUGCUGAACCAGUCAAUCGGACCAUGGCACUGUCUGCUGCAUCAAACAAGCCAACGUCUCCAAAAAGGCAGGCAGAGGCAGCUUCCAAAAUACCCCAUUCUUACAAGAAUAACCUGUUCACUGAAAAGGAGGCAAGUUACUUCUUGAAAAAUGUAGAAAAACUGUCUGGUAACUUCACAGAAUUGCAGCAGCACCUCUGUGAAUUAACUGAGCUGCUAAAAUCUGGGAAGAGAAGUCUUCCAGUGUAUCCAUCUUCUCAGGAACCCUCUUUUAUUAACAUCACCUGCCAGAAGCAGCUUUUCAGAAGUGAUUCAGAUGAAAGUCGGGCCGUUCUUCUCUGUGGUGGUAAACUCUGCCUAAACAUCGUCCAGCAGAUAUUCAACCUCUCUCUUGUGGAAAUGCAACAUGGUUCCUCUUGGAUCGUUCUCACAGCGGACAGCGAGGGCUUUGUCCCAUUAACGUUUACAUCCAUGCAGGAGAUCGUCAUAAGAGAUGCCAGUGCAAAAGGCUACAGUGCCCGUUCUUCCAAAACUUUGGACAUCAUCAGCUCCACACAAGGCUGCAGAUCCACUUCUUCUGAAAGCCUGGAUAUCACUUCGGAAGUCCUCAGGGACUGCUCCUCCAAGACCUUGGACAGCGGCAGCCCCUCGGAACAGCCGGGCAAUAAAGUGUAGUUUUUGGCAGUGAUUUUGUGAUGCCUGUCUGAUGAUGGGGGGCUUUUACAUUUACUGUGUAGGACUGUGGGUUCUCAACAGCAGUCUCACAUCUCUGUUGGAUUUCUAUAAUUUUUUUUUUACAUUGUAAAUUAUUUAUUUGAUCCUUGGAAACAUUCACUUUUUUUUUUUAUACUGAGCAGUGUUUUUUAACUAUGCCUCUUGCAGUACAGACCAGCUCUUUGUACCAGCGGUUGAAAAUGCGCGUUCUUACAAAUUUCUGAGCUCAACUUUCCAUCUUGGUCUUUAAUACAUUGGUGUUUUUAGACAAUAGUAAACUUGGAUAAUAAAGAAAUCCUUGAAAAUGC